AUGGCUUAUUUCACAUAUGAAGAAGUCAUCAGUACUGCAGCAGGACUAAGGCAUUCUCUGGUUGCUUUGGCUAAUGGAUCUGUGUGGUCUUGGGGAGCAAAUAAGAAGGGACAGCUUGGCAUUGGGAAAACUGGUGGCAAUUGCUCAACUCCACAACAGGUCUUGUUCUCAGAUGGUCAGCAGAUAAUUGAAGUUGUGGCAGGAGCAUACCAUUCAGCAGUAUUAACAACUUCAGGUCAUGUCUUCUGUUGGGGCUCAAAUCAACAUGGACAGUGUGGCAAACCUCCAGAUAUCCAUUCAACUGAACAUCAAAUAUUUAUUAAACCACAGCUGAUUGGUGGAUUAUUAACAAGUGUUACUGUUACACAAGUCCACACAGGCUGGAGCCACCUGCUGGCUGUCACAGAAGACAUUAAAGUGUUUUCAUGGGGCCGUGCUGAUUAUGGUCAGUUAGGUUUGGGUGAUGAUGUGGUACAACUCGGCUUUAGUAGCGAACCAGCAGAGAUUGUUCAUGUCAGGGGAGCAAAUCAGGUUUUGUGUGGUGCUGAACACAACAUGGCUCUUUUAGAUUCUGGUUCAGUCAUGACUUGGGGUUGGAAUGAGCAUGGAAUUUGUGGUAGUGAAGAUGAAACUCGAAAUGUUCAUCAACCAAGUGUGGUUUCUAAGCUGCAUGAUUAUAUUGCCUCUUUAAUUGGAUGUGGAGGAGGACAGAGUUUUGCUGUUGUUAAGGGAUAGCAAUUUACCCACAGCUUAGAAGGAAGGUAUGGUCAUUGUUGCACACAAUCUUGAAGAUGUGGUGACCAGUACCAGUACCCGGUUUAGUACUGGCUGAGGUUGAUUUGGUGGAUUGGAUUUCUGCUGGUUGGAAGCACCAAGUUUAAAACAGAUCUUGUCAGUCAGUCAAU